AUGGAGUGGAAUGAUCAAUUUGUGCAAUCAGUGGGUGGUUUGAAAGCUGAGAAUUUUGAUAUGGGGUCGACGGUUAAACAAGAAAAAUUCGACAUGGUUGCAGCUGCAGCCCAGAAUGAGGUAAUCGUUUCAUUAGCAAGUGAAGGGAGUGCUACAAUAAUGUCCCCUGGGGAAAUGAGCAAUGGGAGCUUGCAGGUUCCGUCAAGUGAUGGGCUAACAGGUUCACCAUCAACCAAAGAUCUUGAACGGUUUAAUUGUCUCUCAGAAGAGGAACUGAAAAAUAAAUCUCUUCCAGAUCACUUGAAAGAAGGACUUGAUAUUGUAAUAGUGGGGAUCAAUCCUAGUUUGGCUUCAGCACACGUGGGACAUCAUUAUGCUGGACCUGGAAAUCACUUUUGGACAUGUUUAUCACAGGCUGGUCUAGUUCCAAUGGCUGUUAGUUGCUAUGAUGAUUCAAAAAUGCUGGAUUAUGGUAUUGGAUUUACAAACGUCUGCACUAGACCGACGAAAGGUGCAGCUGAACUUACACGCAAAGAAAUGAAAGCUGGUGCAGCUAUAAUGCUUGAAAAAAUGAGGAAGUAUAAACCUAAAAUUGCUGUUUUUAACGGCAAAGGCAUUUACGAGGCAUAUGUUGGGCACAAAAAUUUUUGUAUGGGUAGACAGCCAACAACUUUGGAAGGUACAGACACAAUAAUUUUUGUUAUGCCUUCUUCUAGUGCACGUUGUGCACAACUCCCACGUGCUGAAGAUAAACUUCCUUUCUUUUUGGCACUAAGAAAAUUGCGUGAUUAUGUACGUGGUGAUUUAGCAGAACUACCAGAUUCUGAGGUUGUAUUUGCCGACUACACAGAAUUUCGUGUUACUCAACCGGAUCCUAAGAGUUUGCGUAAAGCAGAAAGACGUCGGAAACGAAAGGCAGAGGCGGCAGCAGCCGCGGCCGCUGCAGCGCUCGCCGCCAACUCCGGUGAUGGUACUCUAGUGAAUGGGAUUACUUCAAGUCAAGUUAUAUCUAGUGAUGGUGUUACUGUUACUCAAGCUGCUAAUGGUAUUUCAAUCGACGCCAAAGGGAAAUCAAAAUCAAAACUUGCUAAACGUAAAAAGCCAUCAGGUAAUCUUGUCACAAUAGGACAAUCACCAGUUAUGUCAGUCCAACAACUCGGUGCUGGUUCUACUACUACUGCUACUACCACUGCUAAUUUAGUAUUCACAAAUUGUACAACAGAUCUACAACUCCAACAACAACAACAGCAACAAGUCCUACAACAACAAGUUUUCCAACAACAGCAACAACAACAAGCCUUUCUCAUACAACAACACCAUCAGCAACAACAACAAUUGCAACAACAGUUUACCCAAUCAGCUCAACAACAACAACAGCAGCAGCAACAAGCUCUGCAACAACAGCAACAACCACAGCAUCAGAUGCUAGUUAGUGGAGGUCAUUUUAUGUCAGCUGCACCAAUGGUCACCUUGUCGACAAUGGCUGCAGGACCUGGUGGCACAGCGACUGCUAUUCCUGUUCACCCUGGUACUCAAGCAGCUGUAGCAGCUGGUUGUUAUGCAACACCUCAAUUCCAGUUCUCUGGUAAUCCAGCCGGCACAACUCAACAGUUCUUUAUUAGUCCUCAAGCUUCAGCAUUGUCUACAGGUGGUCAAACACUCUUACAAUGGUCUGCAACACCAUGUACUCAAGCUGGUCCUACAGCUGUUCAGUUUCAACAGCCUAACCAACAGCAACAACAGCAGCAAGCAGUUACUGCAACAUGGCAAAAUGUUGGUGCAACAAUCUAUCAACAACAACAAAAUCAACAAGUUGGUACAGCUAUUCAGUCGCCUUCUGGAGGUGCCAAUGCAACAGCUGGUCAAGCACAACAACAACAACAGCAGCAACAGCAAAUGUUUGCUCAACAACAACAAGGAGCUAUGCAACAAGCUCAAGUUCAGAUGGCUCAGCAAGCCCAACAACAACUACUUUUUGCACCUCAACACCCAGUUGGGAUACAAGCUGCUGGAGCUCCGCAGGCAGCAUAUCCACAACAGGUGUAUUUAGCUCAAGCUCCGGCGGGUGCUAAUCCUGGAGGAACUUCUUACCACCUUCUUCCUGUUGGUUGUCCUGCUCCAAAUUUCACAAGUUUAUUACUUUCUGAACAACAGCAACAACAGCACCAGCAAGCAUUAGCACAAUGCUCUUCAGCGAAUGCUGCAGUACAACUGCAAAGAACUCAGCAAAGUCUUCAAGUUCAACAACAACAGCAGCAACAACAACAACAGCAAGCACAACAAUUCCAACAGCAACAACAACAGAUUCAAGCACAAGCUCAUCAGUUACAACCAGCUCAACAACAAGCUUAUAUCCAACAACAUCCACAACAAGCUACAAUGAUGGCAACUGAUGUCUCUGUCACUGGUCAACCUGGUACUGUAGCUGCAUGCUCUGGUGCUACUCCCCAGUUUAUCACUUUGGCACCAGGAGCUCCAUUAAAAGUUAUGGCUGUUGGUCCCAACGGUCAAUUGAUUCAAACCACUGGUUUACCACAGUUUAUGCCAACUGCUCCUGUUGGUAUGGCUAUCAAUCAACCAACUGCUACUCUCCAACCUCAACAAACAUCAAUUCAAGUUACUCCUCAACGUCGAGUAACAACACCCCAACAACAACAACAACAGCAACAACAACAACAACAACAUUCUAAUGGACGUUCACUUCCAACCGUUUCAGCAGCGGCGGCUACUGCUGCAUUCUUCUCCUCGGGUACAAUUCCACUUGUACAACCAGCAGCUGGUAUAGAAGAUCUGGUACAGUCUACAAAUAACAAUUGUCUUAAUGCAUUAGGCAGUGGAGAUGAAAAGUUAGUAUAUACAGCCCUAUAG